AUGGUAACUUGUAUGAGAGGAACCUCUGUAAAUCAACAUAAAAUCAAUGAUUCCCCGAAGUAUUUAACCAAAAAAGUUGACGGUGCAGAUUGUACUACAACAACUGUUAAUAAUCAAGCUUGUCAUGCUGGUCAUUGUCAUAAUAGUACAACUUAUAUUCAUGGUUGUGAUACAUAUGAUCAACAAUGGGAUAAUCUUACUGUAAAUUAUAAUAUUCAUAAUACAACUGGUUGGAGUAAUACAACAUGUAAUCUUUAUGCUUCUUGGAAUAUCGAUACAAAUGAUCUUUGUGGAUAUGCUAAUUUAACUUUUACAUCUUGUACAAAUGGUGAUUGUCGAAAUGGUACAAUUGAAAUAAAUGCAUGUCUUACUCCUGAUUAUAAAAUAAACAAUCUUAAUAGUGCAUCGAAUUCUUUAGAACUUGCUAUUAAUGAUGGUCUUGGAGAUUUCUUUGGUAUACCAUGUGUUAAUCUUUUAUAUGAUAAUUUUCGUCGUCAGCGUUUUCAUAAUAGUAUAUAUUAA